UUUCAAACGGUCGGGUUUAAAGGAUUCGGAUCUUAUAUUCGCCGAUCGUCUCUGCCUCUUUCGCAGAAGCACACUUGAUCGAACGAUGGCCACGAAAGAGGACUGACAGUUUCGUUUCCCAGUCUCCGAUCCAAAACCAUAGUGAGGUUCCGAUUGUUCUUGUAAUUAACGUUUAUUACAUCGCCCUGAUUAUCUGAGUGUUCCUUCACGCGACGGAGAUAAUUCAACUCAGGAUCGUCUUAUUGGUUGAUCGUAUCCACUAAUUCGGCUCACGUCUUCUCGAUUUUGGCAACGGUGCUGUGGAAUCGCGUUACCGUUCAAAAUUUCCAUUUCGGCUGAUCUCAUUAUGAAUUUAAAGAACAACCAUUUAUCAGAUCCAGGCUUUGCAAAGUUUGUGACCAAUACCUGACUGACUCUGAGAUAAUAGUUAAGUUUUUUUUCUUUCUAUUCAGUAGAUAUCUUUUGCCUGUCUGCCGAUAUCAAUCACUUCUCAAUUUUUAUCCUUUUGUGCAAACACUAGUCUUCCGGUGCGAAUGGUGACACUGAAAUGUUUUUUUUAUCAUUCUGGUGUUUGUAGAUUUAGCUUCCGGGAUGAAUAAUUUGUUGCAGAUUUAUAGUGAAAGCGAGACAUGUUCUACAUGAAAGCUCGGACAUAAUUUUGAGCCUUUGGAUAAAUUUGUUUUUUCUUGCAUUCUCUCCUUUCAAAGAAACUCCUUUUUGACAUUCGUGUCAUGGACGCUCCCAAUCCCAAGCGACCUUGUCUUGUGCCUUUGGGUACCUCCUCCAUAGAAAACCCUUGCUCCCUCCCUAUUGCUCCAGAUUUCAACCAAAGCAACAUCGAUUUGACUAUCUCUUCUUUCCUUUCGUUGUCGGACUUGCCUUUGUUCUCCUUACCGCUCUCCAUUGGAUGCUCUUUUGAUCGAGUGCUUGAUAAUGUCAUCCCCUCAAUAGCUGGAACUUCCCGUGAUGAAUUUGAUCAGGAUCGUUUCUUGGAUCGUACUCUCCAACUCGCAUCGCUUCUAUACAAGUCCACCAAACGUUGCAUAAGGAAACGUGCCACCCUCCAAAAUUCCACAUCCUGGCCUCUCCUCCCUGAACUAACUAUUAAGGUCUUUUCAAUGCUUGAUACGAAGUCUCUCAUGCAAGCUUCUGCGUGUUGCACAAUGUUCAACAAGUGUGCCAUGGAUCGUGUAUGUUACUCCCACAUCGACCUGACAACGGCUGCCGAAGAUGUUGAUAAUGGAGUUGUGUGCGUAAUGAUCCAUCGGGCUGGAAAAGAACUCAGAUCCCUCAAACUUGGUUCUAUUUCUUCCUCAGCUGAACCUACUACAUCUUUGCUGACAAGAUCCUGUCUUACUCCACUAACUUUUAACCAUGGUUUUACUGGGGGUCAUUUGAGAAGCCUACACCUUUACCAUCUCAGAAUGAUAGAUUGCGGGUCCUUAUCUCCUGUGUUGUCAGCUUGUUUAAAUCUCACUGAUUUGAAGAUUGUUGGACUUAUUUCAGGAAGCAGGGAUAAUCCACUUGAGCAGUUAGGUUUACUCACGAGAAAUUGUCGCUUGAUAGAGCACCUGUUCAUAGAGAUAUAUGGUGCAGCAGGCCUUAUAACAGAUUCAAGCUUGUUAGAGUUUGCGGCCAAUUGCCCCAACUUAAGUUCGAUAUCGCUCCUAGGUUUUCUGCUAAAUGACGCAAUAUUACAAAAAUUAAUUAAGGGUUUUCGUCGACUGAAGCACAUUAAUCUGUCGAGUUCGCCUGAAAUUAGUGGUUGCUUUUUCAGGGGUUUGGAACUUUGCGGCAAAGAUAGUCCAUUGGAGACUCUGAUAUUGCGUGACUGCUAUAUCCUAAAGGAGAGCGAAGUUUUACUGUUCUUGAACUCAUUACUCGCCGGAGACUUCAAAUACAUUCGGCUCAUUGACGUAUCAAACGUCGACGGUUUAGUAUGUGAUGGAGGCAAUAGAACUUUUGAACCAAGAUUUCCUAUCGAGGAGCUGAAAAAGCAAAGAUCAAAUGUCACAUUUGUGGCAAUCUUUGAAUCACAGUCAUCAUUGUCAUCAUCAAGCUCAGGGGAGGUAUAUUCAGAUGGCACCUCUUCGUGGACUUCUAAUUAUAACAGCGCGGAGGAGGAGCAUGACAACGACUUGGACUCUGUAUAAAUUCAAAGGCCCCCAUAAUUGUCUCUGGUACCCAUAGAGGUCUCCAAAAAGUCGAUACUGUUUCAAUUCUCUCCGUUCGUCUUGAAUUGUUCGUCUCGCUCCUUCUAAUCUUCUCUAGUAAAGUUAUGCUAUUGGAUUGUUACAGUAACGUUCCCGAUUCACUUCAAAACAACUCGGAUUGUUUAAUCCGUAACCCAUAGAAUCAAUCCGAUGUUCAUAAAACACCAAAUGAUCAAUACGCUAGCUCUCGAUGAGAGAAACCUAGCGACAACAAGAGAUUCAAAGAAGAAGAUACAAUUUUUCAUGAAUGCUGAUUUUUCCUCCUCGCUUCCUUUUAUGGCUUAUUUUCUCUUCUGUUAGCAUCCAAGCGGCAAGAGAUGUAGCAAACCAAAGUUUCCUCUGGAAGAGCUGAAUAAAGAAAGACCAGGUCUCACUUUUGUGGCAGAGUUUAGAUCACCAUCACCAUCAGAAUCAGAUGUUAGAUCACCAUCACCAUCGUCGUCGUCAGAUUCAUCUUCUUCGUCAGAUUCAUCAUCAUCAUCAAGCUCUGGAGAAUCUUCCGACGAAAGUGGAACUGAGGAAGAAGAAGACGAGGACUGACGUUGUGACUGACUCCUGAAGUUGUGAUAAUGGUCUCUUCUUUCUAAUCUAUUUCAUUUUCCUGAAGAAAAUAUAAGUAGGCAUUGAUUUAUUUCCUACUUGGAGAAACUAUCUUUUCCUCCUUCCUUCUACAUGGAAAGAACUAUAGUUACUAUGGUUUAGAAUAGAUGUAGCGGACAAAACGGUCUAAUUUGUCAGUCGUUUAGUCCAUUUUAUUUUUGGGUGGACAAUAAACCGCUGCAGACCAAGUUUAUUUGUAUGUAAUAACGGUUCGCAAAUGGUACGCUGCGGUUUUUUUCUAUUUUUUUAGUUUAGACUACUGCAAAUUAUAAUUAAUGAAUGGUAAAUAAAAUGUGGUCUGAUCCUUCGAUGGU